AUGCCAAUAGGAUACCAGUUUGAAGUGUUGCGAUUUACGAUUACAAAUACAGCCUUGGCAGAUAAAUUAGGCUAUAGCUCGAUAGAAAUCAACACUAUUGGUAGUUUUGCAAAUUAUGGAGUUUAUUUGAGCAUGCCGGUGAAUGGAUAUAUCAUGGAUAGUUAUGGUCCAAGAAAAACAACAUUAGUCGCUUCGAUUUUAGUAUUUUUUGGAUAUUUUAGUUUAGCAAUGACAUAUGCAGGAUAUUUCCGUGUUCACUCAUUCAUGUUAUGUGCUAUUUACUUAUUUUUAGCCGGUGCUGCAUCAUCUGCAGCGUUCGGGGCACCAUUAGCAUUAUUUGGAUUAUCGGCUUUCACAUUUGCACAAAUCGAUAAUUUGAUUUUUAAAGACAAUGUUUACGAUCUCUUGUUAUUUUUGUCGAUUACAACCGGGUCUGUUCUGUUUGUUGGUGGUUGGUUUCUAAACGUUAUCCCUCCACCAUCAUCAUCGUCGUCGCUCAAUAACGAUAAUAACGAUGAAAUAGUAGCGAUUGAUGGAGGAGAACACGAACAUACCGAAACAUCACCUUUGUUAAGAUCGCCAUCAUCAUCAGAUAUGGAUAUAGCAGGAUGGAAUUUUUUAAAAAAUAAUAAUGCUAUAUUAUUAACUUGUUCAAUAUUUUUUCUUGGUGGAGUAGGAUUAAUGUAUAUUAAUAAUGUUGGUACAAUCAUAAAAUCUCUUUAUUACGAACCACGACAUCCUUCAUCUCCUGAAAUAUUACAAAAUCUGCAAAAUUAUCAUGUCUCGCUGAUCUCAAUAUUUUCGUGUUUAGGUAGAAUUAGCGUUGGGGCGUUUUCAGAUGUGACAAAAAAAUUAUUUAAUCUUAGAAGGUUAUGGUAUUUGAUUUUGGCCGGGACUUGGUUAUUAAUUGGGAAUUUGAUGACAGCUAUUUAUAUUAAACGUGUUAGUGAUUUAUGGAUCGUUAGUGUUUUUGUUGGUUAUGGAUUUGGAAAUUUGUUUGGUGUUAGUCCAACCAUCGUUUCCGAAUGGUUUGGUAAUAAAAAUUUCGGAUUGAAUUGGUAA